AUGGCAUCUGACCUGGAUGCUAACAUAGUAAAAAGAACUCAAGGUUCGCUGGGUAAAUUUGUGAAACGUCCCGCGCUGACGGAAAAACUGCUACGUAAACCGCCGUUUCGCUUUCUCCAUGAUAUCGUCCAUGCGAUUAUUCGAGAGCAUGGUUUGCUGGAUGGCUUAUACACGACAGACGAACUCAACUCCGACAACAUCAAGGACCGGGACUCAAAAAUGGCGUUUCUACAGAAGCUCAUUGACGUCGUUAAAAUAACAACCGGUCGCGAAUUGAAAGUGCGUCCUUCGAAAGUUGUCGCUGGGCUGGAACCAGAGCGAACGAAUGAGCUUCUACAAGCGUUGGGUUUUGCGUUAGAAGAAAAGUUGAGCAGCAUAGACGCUGUUAGGCAAUAUGUCGGUGGAAAUCCUAAUCCCGAUGGGUCCAAUGCCGCCACAAAUGGGAUACCAGAGAGCAAUGGAACAAACGUCGAAACACGACCAGAGAAAACGAAAGAAAAGCCCAGGGAAAAGGACACGGUUGCUCCGGACAAACGGAAGGAUAAAACGUCGAAAUCGAAAGUGAAGGAGCCCGCGAAAAAUGGCUCCACUGUGCAAGCGGACAAUAGGGUGGAAAAAAGUAAAGCGAAACAGAACGGUGCGAAAGUUUCAAACGACACAAAACGUAAAACCGACAAGCCGAGCAAGGGCAAGGAGAAAGAGAAAUCGGUCAAGCGGAUUUCUUCGAUACCAGAAGAGCUACAGCCCGUGGGGACACACGAAAAACCACCCCCAGUUCAACCGGAAACGCUGACAAACGGUUCCGAAACCAUACCCAAUGGCAGGUCACAAGAUACGCGGAAGAGGAAAGAUUCGAUAAAAGAGUUUGGAGACCCGGUUGUGAUGGCAAGUGCAAAUGGUGAUGAGUCCAUGAAACUGCCGAUAGCGGAAGAGGAGCUGGAAAAACGGAAGCAACCUGGCAGUAAUAACAGCAGCCGGCGGUCUUCCUUAAAAAAGCAGAAUAGUUUGACAGCAAGCGAAAAUAAUGCACUCUCUGAGAUGAACCAAUUCAACGGUCUGCACAGUUCGCCCGGGCCUAGCCGGCAGGAUAGUGGGACGCUGGGUGAACCUGUGGUGAACGAUGAUUCUGCACCUGAUCCCGGAUCGAUCGUUACGGUCACCGUUGCUCCGCUGGAGCAGAAAGCACAGGGGAAACCGCCGAUGAACCGGCAGCAGUCCGUUGAUACGGUGAUGAGACCGAGAACCAGCUUAAGGCCUCCCAGCGUGAGGCCUCCAUCGGCGAGGCCAGGUGCACCGCGGCGCAAGGAGAAGAACGUCGAGGUAAUACUGCAGCCUAACGAAACGCAAAAAUUGGGUGAUAUCAACGUCAAAAUGGAGGUGUUCAACAGCGAACUGCUUGAUGAUGAUGGCGAAAAUUUGAUAGUAAUUGAAGAUCCGACAACCGUCGACGAGGUGUACGUUGGUGGUGUAGGCGAGUCUGGACAGACACGCGACGAGGCGGCACACGCUCAGCAGCCGGAACACGAAGAUCAGCAGGGGCUCUUGGUGCAACAGAUUCUGGACACGCAGAAGGAAUUUUCCAACCACACCGGUAACGACAGCGAGAUGCUGCGAAAAGUGGACCUGGAAUGGGCUGCCGGGCAAAGGCAGUCGUCGGCCAAGCAGAUGGAAUCGCUGCGCGACUCAAUACAGAAGUUAACGCGCUCUGUGAAUCCGCUCGGGAAGCUGAUGGAUUUCAUCCAAGAGGACAUCGAUGCCAUGGAGCGAGAGUUGGCAAGUUGGCAGCAAAUCUAUGCCCAAUCCAUGGUAGAGUUGAACAAGGAAAGAAGUGCCACGGAGAAUGCUAUUGAACCUUUGAAGCAGCAACUUGCGCAGAUUGAAGUGAACAUAAAAGAGUACCGUGAAAUGGUCGAUUCGACGCGUGCGAAUAUUUUACAAAACGAGCAAAAAAUUGAGCGGUUGUACAUAACCGAAAUUUAA